AGUCGAGAAAACGCAGGAGAUAAAUGGAUAAACCCAAAAACUGAAAAUCUUCAGACAACAAAACCCCCCUACGAAACCAACCUCAAGCAGAUGAGAGCGCUCGAGUCUUCUUCUUCUUCUUCUUCCAGAUAAUCGAAAAGCCCUUCAUACAGUAGUAUCACUUAGAAAAGCAAAAAGAAAUUACAGUGAAAAGCAGAGAGAGAGAGAGUGUAAUGGCGUCAAUAUCAACCACCUCCUGGCUCUACCGAGAUAAACUAUUCACAGAGAGUGGAAAGCUCGGUACUUGUAUAUUACAGAGGCGGGUUAAAUGCGGAUUCCCAAUCAGGAGAUUACAUGUUGGGAUUACUUCCAAGGAUGUAUUAAUGCGUCAUUGUAUCAAAUGCAAGAAGGAGGAUGAUGCAAGUGAAGGGUCUUCUAAAAAGGAUGGAGACGGAUACGAGUACGUGUCUGUUGAGAGGGCACCUUACUACAGUUACAUGGAUUCAACUUCUGGGGAAAUGAAGCCAGCGUCCGGGGCACGUGCCAGCAUUCCAGGUGAGGACUAUUGGCCUGAAGGGACUUCGAGCCGGGUUAGAGCCGCUAGAGCUCCUCAACCAGCUGGCGAGUCUUCCAGCUUCCCUUCUUAUGGUAAGAAUCCUGGGAGUAGGAGAAAGAAGAACAGGAAAGCUACCGAGGGGAGUUCGACCGUUGAAACGUAUGAUGAAGUGUCUGACUCUGAGGAAGAGGAGAACGAUUCUUCAAACGGGUUUGUUGUGUAUGACAAUGAGGUUGAAGGGGAAGAAGAAGAGGAAGAGAGUGGUUUUGAGUUGGACAAGAAGCUUGGAAGGCCACAUCCGUUUAUUGAUCCGACUAAGAAGAAACAGAUUGAGAAGACACUCACUAGCGAUGAGAGUUGGUGGAACUGGAGGAAACCGGAGAAAGAACAGUGGUCUAGGUGGCAGAGAAGACGUCCUGAUGUUGAAACGGUUUUCCUCAAGGCGAUGGCAGAGACAGGACAAGUGAAGCUCUACGGGAAAGAACCAACGCUUACUGAAACUUCUCUUUACAGAGCUAGACGGCAUCUUUUCAAGGAAGAGAGGCUGCAAGCCGAGCGAGAGAGGCUAGCGGAAGAAGGUCCAAUGGCUUUUUACUCUGAAUGGGUAAAGGCAUGGAGGAGAGACACGUCACGAGAAGCUGUGCAGAAGCAUUUUGAAGAGACGGGUGAAGAUGAAAACACACAGCUGAUUGAGAUGUUCUCUCAUCAGACAGAUAGAGAGUAUCGGAUAAUGAUGGGAACUGAUAUUAGGAUCAAGAGGGAUCCUUUGGCAAUGCGGAUGAGGGAGGAUCAGAUUAAGCAGAUUUGGGGUGGGGAUCCAGUUUACCCGACGAUUAACUACAUUCAAGCUCCGGAUGCGGUUAUGGACUUCAGAGGACCUGAUUUUCAUGAGCCGACACCAAACAUGCUCUCUUACCUGAAGGAGAAUGGCAAAGUUAUCUCGAGAGAGAUGCAUGAAACACUACUGGCAAAAGAGAAAACCGAGCAGCUCGAGGUGCCUGACAUUGAUGAUGCAAUGGCACAAGCUGUUGAUAUUGGUGAAAACGAUGACGAGGAAGAGGAUGCAGAAGAAGCAGAAAAAGAUGAGAAAGUGCCGAGGAACUGGAGUGUAUUGAAGAGUACUCCUGAGCUUCGCAACUCCAAGCCAAAACCGAAAAAGGAAGGUCGUAUGUCUGUAGACGAAGCCGUGGAUGAUUCUGAGAACUUAACCGAUUUUCUCAUGGACUUUGAUGAGGAGACUGAUCCUUAACCGUUUUUUUUUUGCGUGUUUCUUUUACGGUUCAGACUUCAGUGUAUAAACCUUUAUUACUAAAACUCAGAAGACUUUUUGAUGGAAUCACUGUAUCGAGCUUUACUGUUUACUAGUUCCGACAGUUUGUUUCAGCUUUUAAAGAUGGUUUCAAACAUUCUA